CAAUGAGUUUGCAUCCUUUUUGUAUUAUAUGUUUGCUAUUAAUUUGUAUUUCAAACAAAUCAUUCAUCGCAUGCGAAAGCGACGAUUGUUUCAGAGCCGCGGUUUACCAACACUUACCGCUCGGUAACCUUACAUCUGACGAGCCGUCGGUUAUAAUUAAGCGAAAUCUCGAUGUUUUCGAAAGGAUUGCAUCCAUCGCUUCCAAAGAGGGGGUCCAGAUAUUGCUAUAUCCCGAGGACGCCUUCCUUAGUACCCAAUACCCGCGCUCUAAAGUCGAUCAAAUCGCUGAACAAGUCCCGGACCCACUGCUAGCACAUCAUAAUCCCUGCGACAAUCCAUCCAAAUAUGAAGAUAAAGUGAAGACAUACAGAUUGAUCCCGGACCCACUGCUAGCACAUCAUAAUCCCUGCGACAAUCCAUCCAAAUAUGAAGAUAAAGUGAAGACAUACAGAUUGAGUUGUUUAGCCAAAACUAAUAACUUAUAUAUUGUGGCCAAUUAUGUGGAUCGAGUCGAGUGCGGCACUACACCUGAUGUCAACAGCUGUCCCACUGAUGGCCUCGAGUGCGACACUACACCCGAUGUUAACUGUCCCGCUGAUGGCCAUUAUCUGUUUAAUACUGCGGUGGCAUUUGGUCCGGACGGGGCAUUAGUGGCAAAGUACCACAAAAUGCAUUUAUACCACGAAUACCACUACAACACUCCCCCGACACCAGAAUUCAUUCACUUCGACACUCCUUUCGGAAGAAUGGGUUUAUUCAUAUGCUUUGAUAUUCUGUUCCGAAGUCCUGGAACUGAUCUCAUCAGCAAAUAUGGUGUCCAGACGAUGCUAUACCCCACCUGGUGGGUCGAUGAACUGCCCUUCAAAUCGGCAAAUCAGGUUCAGCAGGGCUGGGCUUUCACUAAUCAGGUCAACCUUUUGGCCGCAAACAUACUGUUCCGGCAGUCAGUGGUGGUCGGGGACGGGCGGCCAUCAAAAGGAGUCUUGAAAGCAAGUAUCGUCUACUCAGCAAACUCUGGACGUAAGCGAUGGGAGCGUCGACUGCUUCCACAUCUUCAUCGCGAAGAGUCACAGCCGCUAAAGAAAGCCAAAGCCGCGGUUUACCAACACUUACCCCUCGGUAACCUUACAUCUGACGAGCCGUCGGUUAUAAUUAAGCGAAAUCUCGAUGUUUUCGAAAGGAUCACAUCCAUCGCUUCCAAAGAGGGGGUCCAGAUAUUGCUAUAUCCCGAGGACGCCUUCCUUAGUACCCAAUACCCGCGCUCUAAAGUCGAUCAAAUCGCUGAACAAGUCCCGGACCCACUGCUAGCACAUCAUAAUCCCUGCGACAAUCCAUCCAAAUAUGAAGAUAAAGUGAAGACAUACAGAUUGACACAUCAUAAUCCCUGCGACAAUCCAUCCAAAUAUGAAGAUAAAGUGAAGACAUACAGAUUGAGUUGUUUAGCCAAAACUAAUAACUUAUAUAUUGUGGCCAAUUAUGUCGAUCGAGUCGAGUGCGACACUACACCUGAUGUCAACAACUGUCCCACUGAUGGCCUCGAGUGCGAGACUACACCCGAUGUGAACUGUCCCGCUGAUGGCCAUUAUCUGUUUAAUACUGCGGUGGCAUUUGGUCCGGACGGGGCAUUAGUGGCAAAGUACCACAAAAUGCAAUUAUUCCACGAAUACCACUUCAACACUCCGCCGACACCUGAAUUCAUUCACUUCGACACUCCUUUCGGAAGAAUGGGUUUAUUUAUAUGCUUUGAUAUUCUGUUCCCAAGUCCUGGAACUGAUCUCAUCAGCAAAUAUGGUGUCCAGACGAUGCUAUUCCCCACCUGGUGGGUCGAUGAACUGCCCUUCAAAUCGGCAAAUCAGGUUCAGCAGGGCUGGGCUUUCACUAAUCAGGUCAACCUUUUAGCCGCAAACAUGCUGUUCCGGCAGUCAGGUUCGGUUGGGAGCGGCAUAUAUUCGGGACAAAACGGACCAAUGAUUGUGUCGGAUAUAUCCGAAGAAAAGGCUCAUAUAUUGAUUGCUGACAUUCCCAUCAAUAGCGAGAAUACUGGCGCCACAUGUUUGGCCAAUAGAUAUAACAAACGCAUUGUAAUCGACGAUUUGGUCGAUUCAUCCGACUAUAAGCCCUUCGAGUUAUUGAUUUUGAAGGGUUCCGCUCUUUAUCGGCUAAAUGACCAACAAAAUGGGGCCCAAGUAUGCAAUAAUGGCUUUUGCUGUCAACUCGACUAUAGUGUUCAAAAUGAGCUGUCUUUGAAAGACAACUCAUACUGGCUUAUAGUGGCCAACCGGACGGGACACGGACUCUCGCAGUUGCGAUACCCGUUAUGUGAAGAGUUUUGUGGUGUCUUCCUGUGCGAAGACGACAGUUGUCACUCAUUCCCAACCAAAUCAAAUGAAUCCAUUUUCAACAGUAUAAAAAUUAGCGCCAAAUUCAGCACUAAUUAUGUGUAUCCGAGCGCCACAACUAACCAUUUAAAGCCCAUCUCAACACAUAAAUGGGUUCAUCAAAUGGAGGCCUCCGGAGUAACUCUUAGUUUACAAGACAUUGAUGAACCAGUCCUGUCAAUGGGCUUAUACGGCCGGUGCUAUGAUCGUGACCCGCCUUAUAGACAGUAGAUAA